AUGUUUCGUGUACUUACUAAUACAACAACAGUAGCUGAUAGUACCUGUCGAUUAUUUAUUUCACAGGCAUGUUCAUAUAUUUAUUUAUGUGUUCGAAAUACUGCCACUGCAACAGUAACAAAAACAAAUACACCAGAUACAAAAAAUCCCGAUAUGAAACAUUUAAAACGUGAAUCGCAAUCUCGGAUAAAAACUGUUUCGAUUUAUCGUUGGAAUCCCAAAGAACCAAAUAAAAAACCAUAUUUACAAGAUUAUAAAAUAGAUUUAAAUGAUUGUGGUCCAAUGGUGCUUGAUGCUCUUAUUAAAAUAAAAAAUGAACUUGAUCCAACAUUAGCUUUUCGUCGUUCAUGUCGUGAAGGUAUUUGUGGAAGUUGUUCAAUGAAUAUUGAUGGCCGUAAUACACUUGCUUGCAUUUGUAAAAUCGAUGAUUCAAAUAAACCAUUAAAAAUUCAUCCACUUCCACAUAUGUAUGUUAUUAACGAUCUUGUUCCUGAUUUUACUAAUUUUUAUUUGCAGUAUAAAAUGAUUGAACCUUAUUUAAAACGUAAAAGACCAACAGCUGUUGGUGAUAAACAAUUAUUUCAAAGUGUUGAAGAUCGUAAAAAAUUGGAUGGUAUGUAUGAAUGUAUUCUUUGCGCAUGUUGUUCAACGUCAUGUCCAAGUUAUUGGUGA